AUGGAAGAAGUGUUGCGAAACUUGCCGGUGACCAUCCAGGGGAGAUACGAGAACACGAUGAAAAGAAUUCGGGACAUUUCAGACAGCAAGAAACAGUGUGACAGGGCCACUCUAGCAUGGUUGGAAUAUGCCCAGCUGCCGAUAUCGAUUCGUGAGCUUCGACAUGCCCUCGCGAUAGACGCCUGUCCGCCAACCUCAAGCAAUAUCGCGACACAUCUGUAUCAGGAGAGCGAGAUCAUUUUCGACUACUACGGGCUGCUCAUCAACAAUUUCGACUGUGCCGUCCGCUUUGUUCACAAAUCCGCCCAGGACUUUUUGCACGCGUCCGAGCCAACCAAUUUUCCAACUUCGAAAAGCGAAUCACAAUUUCCACUACCCUGUACCUCUCAUCCUGCUAUAUCGCAAGGCCAAGAUCAGCCUCACCACAAGCGGGGUCACAUCAUUCUUCUCUACACCAUGGAGAAAGAUUACGAGACGACAGUCCAAUACAUCAUGGACAGCUCCACUAGCAACCAACAAGCCGAGGGCUUUCUCGGAAUCCUUGGCCUCUUGAUGCUCAUCCUGUGCGCGCACCUUCAAAGCUUCAUAUUCCAUAUCUCUCACCAAGCAAGACUCUCGGCAUUGAAAACCCGCAGUUCAUCGAGGGUUGAUGCCAACGUUGAUCGAAGAGUUGAAUUUGAUCUGUCGCUGAACGAACAUAAGAAGAUGCUUAACUUGGCCUGCGGAGGUAGCGCGCCGAUGGCCUUCUACAUCUCUUUGAGACCUCGGCGCGCGGGCAUCAAUCUAGGGCAGGUGACUUCGGAAGAUGAAUCCAUCUAG